UCUGCCAUUUUUGCCUAUUUGACGUCUCUGCCACUGCGGCGUUAGCGGUUCCCUUUUUCUUUUUUGUACGCUUACACGUUGGUGUGCCGGAGAAAAUUUAUUGAAAAUGGGUCGUAUGCAUUCGCAUGGAAAGGGUAUAUCCCAAUCUGCGCUCCCAUAUCGACGAAGUGUGCCAACUUGGCUGAAGUUGACACCGGAAGAUUGUAAAGAACUUAUUUAUAAACUUGCCAAAAAGGGACAUACACCAUCUCAAAUUGGUGUAAUACUUCGUGACUCUCAUGGAGUAGCACAAGUAAGAUUCCGUACAGGGAAUAAAAUUUUACGUAUUGUAAAGAGCAUGGGUCUGGCCCCAGAUUUACCCGAGGAUCUGUACUAUUUGAUCAAAAAAGCUGUGGCUGUCCGUAAACAUCUGGAGCGAAACCGUAAAGACAAGGACAGCAAAUUUCGGUUGAUUCUCGUAGAAUCAAGGAUUCAUAGGCUAGCUCGAUAUUACAAAACAAAAGGAUCGCUGCCACCAAAUUGGAAAUAUGAGAGCUCAACAGCUAGUGCUCUUGUAGCUUAAUCUGUUUCAUUGUAUCAUAUAUUGCAAUAAAGUCCUAAAAUCAGCCUA